GUGUGUUUGGGGCGGCUCCAGUUUCAAACACAGCGCCCAUCUUUAACACAACACAACCGGACAAGCUCCGUCCCGUAGCGAGAUACCGCCGUUCAUGCAUGACGUGAAGUCUAGGUGAUGAGGAAAGACAACAAGAGAGAGGAAGGACACACAAGAUGAUCGAAGCAAUGGAUACCCAGCGCUGUCUGCAGGCGGUGGAGAGGUUACAGUCUCGCUUGAAAGAAAAGGGAGCAGAUGUUCCUGCCGAGGAGAAGCUGAAUCUUCUGAAGGCGGUCCUGCAGAGUCCUCUGUUUCACCAGAUCCUCGCCCUGCAGAAAUCAGUGCAGCAUCUGAAGGAGCAUACUCCAUAUAUUAACUCUGAUCUGAAGGGCAGCACUGAAGGAUUCUCAGCUCAGCUCAAUGGACAAACUUCAUCUGAAGAGUACAAACACAUCAUCUGCUCCAUGGCUCAGACCCACUGGACUCACGUGGAGACGAUCGAGCUGGUGAACGAUGGAACCGGUUUGGGCUUCGGGAUUGUUGGUGGUAAAACCACUGGCGUUAUCGUCAAAACCAUUCUACCUGGAGGAAUCGCUGACCAGGACGGUCGCUUGCGAAGUGGGGAUCACGUCCUGCGGAUCGGUGAUACGGACCUAUUUGGUCUGAGCAGUGAGCAGGUUGCUCAAGUUUUGAAACAAUGUGGAAACAGAGUCCGACUCCUCAUCAGCCGCGGGAUGGUGGAUGAUGCUACGCUCGCUGCUGUCGCCCUGCCGACCGUCACUGAGCAACAGGGUUUUGAGGAAGAGGAACAGGGCGCUUUCGAUGUGAGCUUGACGAAGAACGCUCAGGGUUUAGGCAUCACCAUCGCGGGGUAUGUGGGGGACAAAACAUCAGAGCCCUCUGGGAUAUUUGUGAAGAGCAUUUCGAGGGACAGCGCGGUGGAGCAAGACGGCCGAAUUCAUGUUGGAGAUCAGAUCAUAUCUGUGAGUUAUUUCACAAAGAACGUGUCAGAUGAAAAUCUUGUUUAUGUCCUGAGACACACGGGUCAGACCGUAAACCUGAAGCUCGUCCGACGCGGCUUUAAAUUAGAGGAUGCAUGUCCGUCAAUCAUACCUGUCACCAUGGAGACCACAGCCACCCUCAGCGCAUCACGAAACUCAACGAUGGAGCGAACAAACACCAAGCACGAGGAAAACGCCACACCGCAGUCUUUCAGCGCUUCGCCCGUCAGAGCUCCAGACAGACGCCACGGUCCUGUGAAGCUGAGCUCUGAGGAGGAGCACCAGCUAAUGCAGAAGUGGCAGAAUGAACUCGGCGUCUGCAGCGAAGUCAUUGUGGCUCAAGUGGAGAAGUUCAGUGAGAACAGCGGUUUAGGGAUCAGUCUGGACAUGUGUGCCGGUCGUCACAUCCUCCGCUCAGUGCUUCCUGAGGGACCCGUCGGGCGAUCGGGAAAAAUCUGUAGUGGAGACGAACUGUUAGAGGUGAACGGCAUUCCCCUCAGAGGAGAGACUCAUAAAGAGGUUGUUGACAUUCUGAAAGAACUUCCUGUUUCUGUGACCAUGGUUUGCUGUAGACCUGCCCCUCUAAUGACUGACAGCCAAACUGACCAAUCACAGCCAGAGGAUGUGGCCAUUGAUUCCAUAGUUCAGGUGCCGGGUGAGUUUGAGGAUUUCCUGGUCUCUGGUGAAUUAGAGGACAGCCUGAAUGAUCAUGUGACUAAAGAGCCCACCGGAACGCCAUUAGCGAUGUGGGAAACAGAGAUACAGGACAUUGAACUAGAGAAAGGAGAGAGCGGACUGGGCUUCAGCAUUCUGGAUUAUCAGGACCCAAUGGACCCGCUCAAGACAGUAAUAGUGAUUAGGUCGUUAGUUCCCGACGGCAUAGCAGAGCGAGACGGACGCUUGUUGCCAGGAGACCGUCUCAUGUAUGUCAACAACAUCAACCUGGAGAGCGCCAGUUUGGAGGAAGCAGUGCAGGCUCUGAAGGGAGUGAACAUGGGCACCGUCCGCAUCGGGGUGGCCAAACCCCUGCCCACUGAGGAUGAGGAUGGCUCUUCCUCCUUCAUCUUCUCGGCUCUGCUGCUGAUGGAGGGCUGUGAUGAGGAUGAGGAGGAUGAAGCUGUGUUCCGUGCUGAGCCUGCAGUGAUCGACUCCAGUGAUUUGGACCUGUCUGAUGAAAAGGCAUUUGAGCGUCAUUUUCUGGAGGAGGAGGAAGAGAUGCUGCAGUCGAUGAUCGCUGAACACGGCAGUAUCUGCAGCUCUGAUCUGACCUAUCAGAAGAACAGACCCGCCUCCUCACCGAAGGAGGAGGAUUUGCUUUCAGAUAAACCGGCGGACGAGACCCAGCAGCUAAACGCGGCGGCGGGGAGCAGCUUCGAGAGGACCAUCACUGUGGUCAAGGGCACCUCCAGUCUGGGUAUGAGAACGUGUUCGUCAAACAGAAGCACACUUUAUUAUAUAUCCACAGGUGCUGCGGGGGAAGAGCUGAGCCCCGUCUCUGUAAUCACGUAUGUUCCUGCAGAAUAUUUAGAGGAAUACAGGGCAAGCCAGCAGCUCCAGAGUGAUGAUCUCUCUGAUGGCAAAAACAACACUCAACAUCAGACGGCCUCAGAUCUUCCAGAGAGAGAAGAUGGAGAGGGACAGGAGAGUGAACGACAGACAGCAGCUUCCAACAGCUGGAAUCUACCACGGAGAGUGGAGUUGCACAGGGAAGCUGGGAAAUCUCUGGGCAUCAGCAUUGUUGGUGGGCGGGGCAUGGGCAGUCGCCUUAGCAACGGGGAAGUGAUGCGGGGCAUCUUUAUUAAACACAUCCUGGAGGACAGUCCAGCGGGACGCAACGGCACACUGAAGACAGGAGACAGGAUUUUAGAGAGGAAUGUCAUUUUAAUCAAACAGCCGCUGUUGCCAAUGCUCAGAAAAACAGGACCAGGCCGCUUUGCAUCUGUCUCUCGCUCUCCACCUCAUCUCUCUGUCUCUCUCUCUGUCUGUCAUCAGCCUGACUCUCUGUAUAGUUUUGAUUCACCUCCUGUCAUAGAGAAAUACGGGACAGUUUUAAAAUGCGUCCCUGUGCCAAAGUGUCAGACAUCUGCGCUGGAUGCAGCAGAGGACAUUUCAGCCUUCGAUCUGAAGAGCAGCGGUGAGAAGCUGUAUCGAGAGGAGGGGAAAAGCGUCCUGUCGCUGCCUGUCGUUCCACAUGUUGGGGAAACCGACUCGGACACACUGACUGAGAUUCCCGACAGACUCGCUCUGCAUAGCGACGGUCCUGAUGAGGAAGAGGAGGAUGAGUACGGAUACAGCUGGAAGAAGGUAACGGAGCGGUACGGUCGUUUACCCGGUGAGCUGCACCUGAUCGAGUUGGAGAAGGGUCGCACAGGUUUGGGUUUGAGUCUGGCAGGGAACCGCGAUCGUUCACGCAUGAGUGUGUUUGUGGUGGGAAUCGAUCCCAACGGCGCCGCCGGCCGAGACGAACACAUCGUGGUGGGAGAUGAACUGUUAGAGAUAAACGGUCAGGUUCUGUACGGCCGCAGUCAUCAGAACGCCUCUGCCAUCAUUAAAAGCGCCCCUUCAAGGGUCAAGAUCAUCUUCAUCCGGAACAGAGAUGCUUUGAGUCAGAUGGCUGUCGGGCCGAUGAAGGAGACGGACUCACCAGACUCACACACAGAGACUGAGACGCCCAGCUCAACACUAGACGUGAUCCAGCACAUAACUCUUCCUGUGGAGGAUGGAGGGCUGGGUUUGGUCCUGAAGGAGGAUGACAGCAGGAGCAGAUGCAUCAUUCAGAGUCUGGAUGAGAACGGAGCGGCUGGAAGGGUAAGAAUCACUGUGCUGCAAAAUUAA